GAUUCUUCGUGUUCUCGUCAGACGUCAAAUUACGUGGCUGCAACACAAGCCAAAACUAACAACAAAAUGAAAUUAUUGCUGAAUUUCCUCGUAUGUUUCCUCUUUUUGUGUGUUGUACCUAUUAGAGGAUACUUUAUCACAGUGGAUCCACAUUCGGAAGAAUGUUUCUUCGACCGGGCAGAAGCUGGAACGAAACUGGGACUGAUGUUUGAAACUGUUGAAGGAGGUUUUCUUGAUAUAGAAGUACGUAUCAGCGGCCCGGACCAGAAAGUAAUCUAUCAAGGCGAAAAGGAAUCUUCCGGAAAGUAUACGUUUUCCGCUUACGAAACAGGCAUUUAUCACUACUGCUUCAGCAACAAAAUGUCUACCUUAACGCCCAAGGUGGUCAUGUUUUCGAUGGAAAUCGGAGAAGCACCCAAAGGAACAGUUGGUGCAGUUAACGAAGGUGAAGCCGGUCAUACAAAGCUAGAGGACAUGAUUCGUGAACUAUCCGGCACCCUUACCAGUAUUAAACACGAACAAGAUUACAUGCAUGUACGUGAUCGUAUUCAUCGGUCCAUCAAUGAAAGCACGAACUCCAGGGUCGUUAUGUGGUCAUUCUUCGAAGCCAUUGUGCUCAUAGUCAUGACAGUGGGGCAAGUGUACUAUCUCAAGCGAUUCUUUGAAGUGAAACGGGUUGUAUAAAUAUGAAAAAAAUAUCUCGAAUUAAUA